AUGCGAUCACGCCGUCGGUCGGAUCGCCAGCGCACGUCCCACAUCAGCAGGCAGCUGAUGUGGCUGGCCUGUGCUCUGGCACUCCUAAAGUAUUCCGGGUGCGCCUAUACCAGUGGCGUGGCGCGUCGAGGCCUGCUUUUGAACCUGGGCCUCUUGCUGCCUCUGCCGGCUCGAGCAGCCUUUCCAAAUGCGUUACCAGAGGUUGCCAAGUACCCCGACAAGAGAUCUCCAGGCAACAAGCCAGAUGAUCUUGGGUUGCAGCCGCGCACGCUGAAUCGCUUCGGAGACAAAUCCGAUGGUCCGGUGCUGAAGGGAUGUGGCUACGGGCCAAACUGCUUCUCCACCACCGGCGACCCAGAGGACCCCCAGAUCACCACGCUUCUCCAGCCAUGGAAGAUACCAGAUGGCGCCAGCGUCGCUGAUGCCUCUGCGCAGCUGGAAGAGAUUGUCAAGACCUAUCCGCCAGGUCAACAAAAGGUUGAUGGUGGCGGCUUCCAGAUCGUCAAAGCUGGGUCAGAUGGUUAUUUGUAUGCCCAGUUUGAGAGCCUGAAGAAGGGCAAGAUUGACGACACAGAGUUUGCAAUCAAUCAGGACAAGAAUUGUUGUUAG